AUGGGCCUCAGAUCCAAUGACACGCCGCACGUCCGAGAGGUGCACCGCGAGGCGGCCGGCUGGACGUGGCUUCGUAGAGAGCAGUCGCCGCCGCCUGCCGUGCAGGAGAGCCAGGUGGCCCGCGACGAAGAGCUAGCGCGAUGGCUGCAAGAGGCGGAGAAUGCCAGCCCUCGCCGACGACGGCGCACGGACUCCAGUAGCAGCGACAGCGUGGAGCACUCUCGGAGAGUUCCCGGAAGUGGCAGCUGCUGGCCGGUGGCUCUGAGCGUCUUUUCCAGCGGCGCCUUCUUCGGGUGUUGCACCGGGCUUCAAGUGGCCUCCGCUCUCAGCUGUGGUCAGGCGGCGCUGUGGCUGUGCAGUUUGGGCGGCGCUAUCAUGGGCCACCUCGCCAGCGACGACGUGGCGCCUUUCCGUGGCCGGGUGCGAGAGAUGCAGAACGAUUCGGGCAGCGACUCAGACGAGUUCUAUCGCGGCUUGGACCAUGAGGUCAUCGAGAAUCGGACGGUAGGCUACAAUUUCCACGGGCCCAACGAGCCACGGAACGGGCAGGCGGGCAACGUAGAGCACAUCAAGUGCAUGGUUUGUAUGGAAGAGUUCGCGGAUGGCGACGCACUGCGCAGCUUGCCCUGCUUGCACCGGUACCACCAGCACUGCAUCGACCAGUGGCUGUGCCGCAGCGCGGAGUGCCCCAUUUGCAAGCAGGACAUCACGAUGUCCUAGGUUUGUGGGGCCUCGAGGCGAAGCUCGAGGCGCACAAAAAGCGCAAGUGCCGCAAGCUGAGCGCAGGCCUUCCGAGCCCCUGAAACCUUGCCGGCCUGCGCUGUAGAAAUCUGGGAUCCUUCGUUGGAUUCCAGCCUUCUGUCGUCUUUGUUUGGUAGGCUUCCGACUUGCACUGGUCUCCCUGCAAAACGCGCAGGCUGUUGCGGCGCCUCACGAAGAACUUCCGAAGCCAUGUUGCUGCAGCGGCUAUGAGAUUCUGCGAGUUGUGCG